GACUGUCACGUGACGCGCCCCUGUCCAAUCGGCGCACGGGCCGCGGUGGUUGCCGCGGUUCCCGCCAAAUACGAGCGCGGCGGCCGCGGCGGCAGCAGUAGCGGCACCGGCGGGAGGCGGAGAGCGCAGCGGGGUCGCCUGAGUGAAGUCUGAGCCGCCGCUGCCGCCGCCGCCGCCGCCGCCGCCGCGAUGCUAGAGGAGCCGGAUGCCGCGGCGCCGCGAGCCGCAGCUACGGACUGCAAAGACAGACCCGGGUUCCCAGUGAAGAGGUUGAUACAAGCCCGCCUGCCCUUCAAACGCCUGAACCUUGACCCCAAGGAGAAAGCCAAGGACACGUUACCAAAAGUGUCUGUGGAAGAUAAAGUCCCGGAUCUACAAUUGUCUUUGGAUACUUUGGAAAACCGCUGUCACACAGGUUCUCAUGUAGGCUUGAGUCCGAAGCUGGUCAGUGGCCGGGGCCCCAUUGAUAGCUUCUUGAGGGCCACGAUAAAGCCAGUGCCGAGUGUGGUCAUCAUCGACCUGACCGAAAACUCCAGUGACAUUCCACAUAGCCCAGAGGCCUCCAGUGAACCAAGUCCUGAUGCCCCAGUGGAAGGGGCUGUCAAACAGCAGGGGCCCUCCACAGGGGAGCAGUGUCUCCCAGAGACUUCUUCAGACACUCCUUGUCACAUGAAGGAGGAGCCUGGGAGCCCAGGAGGCCCAGAGAGGACGGGUGACUGUCAGACUGACUCAUUACAGAGCUGUCCUAAGCUGGCUGCAGGUUCCAGGACAUUCCCCAUAAAAGAGCCAUCAGGCUGGAGCAAGGCAGGAGAUCUCCUGUUUAUAGAAAAAGUGCCCAUGGUGGUGCUUGAGGACAUCCUGGCCACUAACCCUCUUGACACUUCUCUUCCCACCAUGUCCCUGGACCAGAGUGUCACUUCAGAUAGUGAAGUGCAGGAGUCCUGCCCUGAAGAUGACUCCACACUGAGCCUCUCCUCCACCAGCUCUUCUUCUCCAACCAACUCUCCUGGGGGACCCUCUGCUCCCCCAGCACAGCUCAGUGGGAACAGUCCCCCCUCCACACCCAUCUGCAAAGUUAACCAGAAACUCGUCAGAGGCUCCACGGCGAAGGGCAGGAGCAAACUACACAGAGACAAAGAACAGCAGAGGGAGGAGAAGGAGAAGCUGAGGGAAGAGACACGGAGAGCCAAGGAGGAGGCUCGGAGAAGGAAGGAGGAGAAGAAGGAGCUGAAGGAGAAGGAGCGGAGGGAGAAGCGGGAGAAGGAUGAGAAGGAGAAGGCGGAGAAGCAGCGGCUCAAGGAAGAGCGACGCAAGGAGCGGCAGGAGGCUCUGGAGGCUAAACUGGAGGAGAAGAGGAAGAAAGAGGAAGAAAAACGAUUACGGGAAGAAGAGAAGCGCAUUAAGGCAGAGAAGGCAGAGAUCACCAGGUUCUUCCAGAAGCCAAAGACUCCGCAGGCCCCCAAGACCCUGGCCGGCUCCUGUGGUAAGUUUGCCCCCUUUGAAAUCAAAGAACACAUGGUGCUGGCUCCACGGUGCCGGGCUACCUUGGACCAGGACCUGUGUGAUCGGCUGGACCAGCUUCUGCAGCAGCAGAGUGGGGCCAACUCCUUCCUCAGCGACCUGAAAGGACGGCGGCCACUGAGGUCGGGACCCACACUUGUCUGCAGCCGCAGCACCAACAUGGACAGGGACGUGGUCAUUGUGGAGAGCAAGGUGGAUGGUGUGCCUGAAAGGAGGAGGUUUGGCCGCAUGAAGCUCCUGCAGUUCUCAGAGAACCACCGGCCAGCAUACUGGGGGACAUGGAACAAGAAGUCUGUAGUCAUCCGCCCCCGUGACCCCUGGGCCCAGGACAAGAGCCUUCUUGACUAUGAGGUGGACAGUGACGAAGAGUGGGAAGAGGAGGAACCUGGGGAGUCCUUGUCCCACAGUGAGGGGGAUGAGGAUGAUGAUAUAGGGGAAGAUGAAGACGAGGACGAUGGUUUCUUUGUGCCCCAUGGGUACCUGUCUGAGGAUGAAGGCGUGACUGAGGAGUGUGCGGACCCCGAGAACCACAAAGUGCGCCAGAAGCUGAAGGCCAAGGAGUGGGAUGAGCUCCUAGCCAAGGGCAAGCGCUUCCGUGUACUGCAGCCUGUGCAAGUGGGGUGUGUAUGGGCAGCCGAGGCAGCCAACUGCGCAAGCUCCGACUUGAAGCUGCUGCAGCAGUUCACCGCAUGCCUGCUGGAUGCAGCACCCUCUGAAGAGCCAGAGCCCAGAGCCUCCAGCUGGGAGAAAAGGGACCAGCAUAUCCUGGCCCAGCUGCUUCCACUGCUGCAUGGCAAUGUGAACGGGAGCAAGGUGAUCAUCCGCGAAUUCCAAGAGCAGUGCCGCCGCGGCCUGCUGAGCCCCACGAGGCCUGCUUCACACCCACAGACAGCUAACCCGGAAGGUACUGUGGCCGUGCCGUCCAAGGCCAGGCUGAAGCGCCUCAUCUCUGAGAACUCGGCCUAUGAGAAGCGGCCCGACUUCCGUAUGUGCUGGUAUGUGCACCCACAGGUGCUCAGGAGCUUUGGCCAGGAGUGCCUGCCUGUGCCCUGCCAGUGGACCUACGUCACCGCCGUGCCCUCAACACCCAGGGAAGACAAUGGCAAUGCUUCCACCGAGGGGCCUGGCCAGGGCACACCCAUGCCAAUCAAGCGGAAGCCAGCAGCCACCAUGUGCAUUACGCAGUUCAUGAAGAAAAGACGGUACGAUGGACAGGUUGGCUCUGGGGACAUGGAUGGCUUCCAGGCAGACACAGAAGAGGACGAGGACGACGACACGGACUGUAUGAUUAUGAGUGUGACAGAGGCUCCCAUGCCUGAACCCACACCUUGCAAGUGACAGAUGUCAAGUUGAAAGACCUGGGGAAAAGUGACCUGGAAUGCAGGUGCCUGGAGCGCAAGGCUGGUGUAUGGCAUGGCCUGGGCAGUGGCAGCCAUGCCUCCCCUCAGCCUCGUAGAGCUGCUGAGGGAGAUGGAGAUGGGCGCUAGCAACAGCCUGCCAUGUGGCGCUGUGCAGCCACCAGACUUGAGCCUCCUGCUGACUCCCAUGUAAAGAGCACUUUGUCCACACCCCAUGGUGUGGAGCCUACAGGAGGCCUGAGCAGUUACUCUCAACUGUAAAGCCCCAGCCAGGCCUGUGUGCUGAUCUCCCCUUCUUAGUUAAGCAUUAUCCCAGCUGAUCAACAGGUGCCUGCUGUGGUCAAACACCUGCUAAUGAAUUGUGCAGGGACGGUGAGGCGGGCCCUGAACAAACAUGAACACGUAUAAACACACUCUACCCGA